ACAGUUCAGUACGUUUCUCAUUUCUGUUUAGAUAUCAUUCAUCAUGGUAUGAAAAGAUCCGAUUUUAUUUGAUGAUUGAUCAGACAUUAACUCAUAUCAUCAGCAUCUCAAUUCUCAACUGACCGUUUUAAGAGAGCUCAUAAUAGGCCUCCUGAUUAGUGAUUAAUUUAUUACUGAACCGCAGUUCAAAUUGCUGCUGAGCGAUAUAUUUUAAAACGAGAGUAUGAAGAGAGUAUUGAAAACUCUAAAUGGAGUCCAAAGUAGCUUAUUACUUUGGGGUGACCCCUUUAAUAAGGAUGUGGAUGAAUGCAUUAUUUGUGUGACUGGUAAUCCUGGGUUAGUCGAUUUUUACUCUGAAUUUGGUCAAGAACUGCAUAAAAAACUAACAAUGCCUGUUUGCGUAAUUGGUAUUGUUUCAGGACAAGCCGGUCAUGAAGAGAUUUUAGUUAAAACAUCUGAAACUUUAACAAGUGACAGCAAUUCUUUUAAUCUUAAUAGUCAAAUUGCACAUAAAUAUGACCUCAUAUCAAACUACAUAAGUAAGAAGAGCAAAUUGCAUUUAAUUGGACAUUCCAUUGGUGCCUGGCAAAUAAUUGAGUUAACAGACAGGAACCCUGAACUCCUUCCAAGAAUAUUGUCAAUUAACUUACUAUUUCCUACCAUACAAAAAAUGGCAGAUAGUCCAAAUGGAAAAUUCCUUAAUUUGUUCUUAAGAAGAAUAUAUUGUCUACUCUUAAUAUUACUUAAGCUGUUAAGAUUACUUCCAUAUUGGAUUAAUAGUUAUUUGAUAUAUUUAUACUUGUCAUGGCAUUCCUUACCAUCUCAUUAUUAUGAACGAAUAUCAAAAGUCAUAGAACCAAAUGUUAUGGAAAAAGUUUUAAUUUUAGCUUUUGAUGAAAUGGACACUGUUACAAAUCUGAAUAAAGAUGCAAUUAAAAACAUAAAACAUUUAACUAAUGUUAUAUAUAGUAAGACAGAUAAUUGGGCUCCCUUGGCAUACAUAGAUGAUUUAAAAAUGUACGAGCCAGAAAUAUGUUUAAUUGAAAUGAACGUCAGCCAUGCAUUUGUUUUAAAAUCCUCAGAGCUUGUUGCAGAAAGGACUGCAACAUUUAUCAUAGAUAAACGUAAAUCAAAUCUUAGGUCUUGAAAGUAUGGUUACAAAAUGUUGAAUCAAGAUUAUGUCCAAGAAUAAAAGUAAGUGUAAAAGAUUAGCGCAGUGUUAAUGAACACAAAUCAAAUUAUAUUUUAAACCUA